UCGGGAAGAGAAGAGGGAGGCAGGCUGCUGCAGCUAAUCCGCGCCAGUUUGUCUCUAAGUCGUGUUGUCUGUUUCGUUUCAGGUCACCAACCAGUUUCUCAAACAAUUAGGUCUACAUCCUGACUGGCAGUUUGUCGAUGUUUACGGAAUGGAUCCUGAACUCCUUAGCAUGGUGCCAAGACCAGUCUGUGCAGUGUUACUUCUCUUCCCUAUUACAGAAAAGUAUGAAGUUUUCAGAACAGAAGAGGAGGAAAAAAUAAAAUCUCAGGGACAGGAUGUUACAUCAUCAGUAUAUUUCAUGAAGCAAACAAUCAGCAAUGCCUGUGGAACAAUUGGACUGAUCCAUGCUAUUGCGAACAAUAAAGACAAGAUGCACUUUGAAUCUGGAUCAACCUUGAAAAAAUUCCUGGAGGAGUCAGUGUCAAUGAGCCCUGAAGAACGAGCCAGAUACCUCGAGAACUAUGACGCUAUUCGAGUUACUCAUGAGACCAGUGCCCAUGAAGGUCAGACUGAGUCCUCCUCGCCAUCCUCAUCACAGCCUCAUUCUAGCCACUGCAGAACGAAGUCCUCAUCAUUGUGUCACCAUGCAUCCCUGCCCUGGGUCAAACGUAACCAUGUAGGCCCUGCAAAGGCUACCAGUCCAUCUCUCCGUCUUCGUCGCUGGCGACCCUUCUUACGCCUACCAUCUUUGGGUCUCCAUUCUGUUGCACCAAGUAUAGAUGAAAAAGUAGAUCUUCAUUUUAUUGCAUUAGUACAUGUAGAUGGGCACCUCUAUGAAUUAGAUGGACGGAAACCAUUUCCAAUUAACCAUGGGAAAACUAGUGAUGAAACUUUAUUAGAGGAUGCCAUAGAAGUUUGCAAGAAGUUUAUGGAACGUGACCCUGAUGAAUUAAGAUUUAAUGCAAUUGCUCUUUCUGCAGCAUAGCUUGUUGAUGAUGGAAAUACCAAAUACUGUAUUAUUUGCAACAAAAGUUAAACUUCCGCUGCCAUACACUAACUCAGAAAUUUUGAUAUUUUCAUUAACUUGACUGAUUAAAAAUUUAUGUGAAUUAAAAUUUGA